GGUUCUUUCUCAACCUGUAAAGUCGCAAAUCCAUCAAAAUCCCAAAUCUUAGGGUUCCGAUGUCCAAUCCAACGCUUCAUUUAUGAAGAUUUAGCUACAGAAGUUGAAAUUGGAAUUGGAAUAUGGAUUUGGGAAGUGAAUCGGUGGAAGAGAAUGAACUGAAUCACGGUGAAAAUGGAACAAAGGGUGAUGAUUCAAAAUUAGGGUUUGAAUUUGAUGGGAAUUUCGGUGUUAAGCCGGAUCAAGAGGGAGUUGUUGUUGAGUUGGGUAGUCCGGAACCUCUUAAUUCUAAAGAGACACAAAGAAAAGGGGUUGGGUUGAAGAAAUGGAAGAGAAUUAAGAGGAACAUUGUUAGGGAUCAUAAUUCCAGUGCUGAUGAUUCCAGUAAAGUGUUGAAGAGGGGGUUAUCGGGGUCUGGAAAUGUCAAUUUGAGUGAAAAUCUGCGCGGUGUUAAGGAGAAAAACGAUGGAUCUUCGAAUGCGUUUGGGAAUGUAGUGUUUUCUGAUGGGUAUGCGAUCCGGGGUUCUAGUUCGGAUUCUAGAUAUGCGGUUGGAUCUGGGUUUGUUGUUGGGACUGAUUCUGAGAAUAGUGAGGAUCGGAGUAGUAAGUCUUCUACGGCAGCUAGUGAGCCGAAGGUGAAGCACGAGAAAAACCGUGGUAGUACUAGUAGGAAUACGAGUUCAAAGAAUUUGGUUAACUCAGCUCCAAAGGUUUAUCAAGGAAAGGGGCGGACUGAGAGCUCUAUGAAACCAGGUGGAAGAGUUUUGAUUGAGAAGGAGAAUUCUAUUUCCAGUAGUAUGGAAUCUGAUUCAAGAUCCAACUAUAAGCAUGGCGUCUUUACGAUCAAUAGUAACGGAAAACAUAGUGGUAAGGCCCAUGUGUAUGGUGGAGGUAACAGUGGCGAAGCUCACACUAAUGAACAUUUCACUAAGGGAGAUGAAACCGGUUAUGACAAUGAAAAUGGUGAAGAAGAAGAUCUUCUACCGGAGAAUUCAGCGGCAAAUCUGUCUUGGAAUGGUCCUGAAGAUAAAAAUGGUAACAACAACCAAUCUACUAGCAUUGAAGAUCCUUUAAUUGAGUCUAUAAGGAGCCUUCAGGCUGUCCAGGAGGCACUCGAAGAAGAAGUCCAGAAAUUCAGGGAUAUCGGUACUGAACUUGUCUCACCAGAUGACGACUCAGCUAUCAGCACAUCUGCUGGUAUCACUACUGUUGAUCUUGGUCACUCUAGUGCAGAAGAAAUCAAACAAGCUGCUUCAAGUUCCUUGGAGUUUCAGAUAUCGAGUUUGACACAACAGGUUAACCUUUUGGAAAGCAAGCUAAAGGAGUUACAAGGUGUGCUUGCUGGGAAAGAUUCAAGGAUUGUUGAACUUGAAACAGCCUUGAGCAGUGGUAAUUUUCCCAAAGAAGUAUCUGCCAACACCGUAGGUUUAUCGGAGGAAAAAUAUAGAGAAGUCGAGUACGAGGUCGAGGGGCUUUUUAUGCAGAAAAUUGAAGCUGAAGUUGAAUACCUGGCCAUUACAAAGGUGAUACAGAACUGUAAAGCUGUAACAGAUUCACAAUAUACAUUAUUGGAAGAACAAGAGAAACUCUCCGAAAAUCAAUCACAGGUUCUAAACAAGCUCGUAGAUGCGGAGGGUAGGGCUUCAGUUCUCAAAAACAAAGCAGAAGAGUUGGAAAAAUAUUGCGGCGAUAGUUUAGUAAUCGAGGAAUCGUUUGUGCUGCAGAAAAGAGUAUGUAAGGUGUCAUUUUGUCUUUUCCUACAGUUCACUAUGUUAAUCUUGUUCUUUUGGUUUCUUGUGUCAGAGUUAUCUCUCAAUUCUGAGCUUGUUGUACCCACUUAAGCCUGCAAUAUUAGGAUCAUUUUGUGUAUUCUCUAAAGCUUUUUUUUUUUUUUUUUGUUGUUGAUCUUUAAUGUAAAAUUUCCUUGUUAUAUAGAACUUACCCUUCUUUUUCAGGGUAGGGGGAGAAAUGUGCAUUUACUCUCCUUGUUUUGUUCACUACCUUAAAUAAUUCACUGUAAUUUGAGUUUGGGAAAGACACUUGUUAUGUUAGAAAUUUAUAAGUGAGAUUCAAAUAAAUGACUCACAAUCGUACGUUUCGAUUA